AUGAUUGUAUUACCCUUAUUACUAACCACUCUAGUGUUAAGAUCAACAGUCGCUGUAAAAGAAAAAGAUGUGAACUUACCCGAUCAUCGGUGCGAAUUUAUGCUCAGGGACCGUGCCGUGCAAAAUGGAGUACGCUUAAUCACUGAAGGUGUUGUCAGCAAGAAUGGUGUGAGAUUGGGCGAAGUGGAAAACACGCUACUCCCACUAGCACGGCACCAUAUCAUUCCCUACAACAUUAUCUCCGACUUUCUACAAGCGGCAAUUGAUAGAGCCCAAGAGUGGAUGCCUACUGAAGAAAUUGGUGAAGCUUUCUCUUUUGGCCAAUACUUGGAUACUUUGGUAAGAGAAACGUUACCUAUCAUCGCCAGGGAUCGAAGUAGUAGGGUAGUAUUAGAAGCAGCUAAACGAGCUGCUUUAAUAACUACUGAGUUGGUUGAGCAUAAGUUUGAUAGUACAGAUGCAGAGAAACCCGAACUAGCAAUAGUACGAGCAUUUUUUUAUUGGUUACCUGGUAACAUAGUAAUGGGUCCUUCUCCAAUGGAACGGAGAGAUGAUCCUGAAGAUGGUCCUGAUUACCGACUCAUUAUGAUUGCUCAGGAAAACAGUGGCGAACGUGCUGGAGAUGUUCUCAGAGUUCUCUAUCAUCACAUGGUUGCCUACAGGGAUCGAACUGAACAUCAUGAUCUUUUAGAUGGAACUUUUAGAGCAACGACCCUACAUCGUAUAGUGGAGCUACUAACAGAAGUUAGCACAACAUCAGUUUAUCCUUUUAGCUCUAAUGAUUGGGAGUCGAUAAUGGAUCCAGAUACUAAUACUACUAGAUAUAGAGCAAGAGACACUUCGAUUGCACAUAAAAAUGACCUCCGCAAGGGAAGAGUCAAUUAUGCCAUCGAUAAUUGUGAUGGAGAUGAUAAGUUCAAGUUUGAUCUUUUUGAUAUUAUUGCUAACUAUAUAGUUCCAAAUCACCCUGAGUUGGUGAUUAGGCCCAAGCCGUAA